AUGGCGAACCCACUUGGCUCCGCCUUCAAGUCCUUCUGGCACACAAUGACCAGUUACGACAGACACUCCGGUCACGAUUCUCCAUACCGAUCUGGUCGCCACGUCCCCCUCGGCGAGGGUGGGCUCACAUCAGUCGCGACCGCCUCCGAGUCUCGAGCAGACAUCACAUCCCCCUACGGCGACUACAACAACCGGAGCUCCCUGACCCAUCUUGACAGCUCGACCUCGUACAACGGUGCCCCGGUCUCGCCCGCCAUCCCUCAAAGCCCUGGCGGAAGCAGGCCAUACUCGCCUGGAAUGCGCUCCCAGCUUGCUCGGUCCAACACCGGCGACGGUUUCGAAAUGCAGAGCCCGGUCGGCGAGAUCCCAAUGCAGUCGUUUCAGGACGGCCAGCCUCCACCACCGCCCGUCACUCACUCCUGGAAGCGUAUCGACUCCUGGGCUGAAGACAACUACCCCGAGCUCUGGGAUCAGCUCUGUGAGGGGUGUACUGCCAACGAUUUGAACGAGCUGGAACACCAGCUGGACUGCACACUACCUCCCGAUGUCCGUGACUCCCUCCAGAUCCAUGACGGCCAGGAGAGAGGCGGCAUGCCUACCGGUAUUAUCUUCAGCAACAUGCUCCUUGAUUGCGAAGAGAUGGUGCAGGACUGGGAUCAGUGGCGCAAGGUCAACCAGCAAUUCCUACUUGACACGGCAGUCGUGAAGCCAGUGGCUCCCUCCAAGGCUUUUGGCGGGAGCAGCGAGGCCUCGUCCUCCAAGUCCGCACCGAGCCCGACCCCACAGGACAAGACAGCCUGGAGAGAGACCCUCAUAGCUCGUCAGGAAUCCGUCCCCGCUGACUCGAUCCGCAAGGCUUACGCUCAUCCCGCCUGGAUCCCUCUGGUCAGGGACUGGGGUGGAAACAACUUGGCCGUCGAUCUCGCCCCCGGCCCCAAGGGCAACUGGGGCCAGAUCAUUCUUUUCGGCCGUGACUACGACACGAAGUACGUCGUGGCCCGGUCUUGGGCUCAUUUCCUGGCGGUUGUUGCGGACGAUCUGAACAGCGGCAAGUGGUUUAUCGACGAGGACAGCCAGGAGCUCAAGCUGCGUGAGUUUAAGGCGGCUCGCGUCGAGCCGGGUUACUUCGAUAUCUUGAGGUGGAGGAUGGAUCAGAAGUACGGCCGAGGGGCGGCAGCCCGAGCUGCGAAGAGGAAAUCAGGUGUUCCGGGAUCCGGCACCCCGACUGGACCAAGCUCACCUUACACCAGCCCGACAGAGCCGAACGGCGAGGUCCGUGGGCGCUCGCUCCACCGCCUCAGCGGCAGCUCGCCUCUGGCCAGUCCCAUGCGUGCGAAUGGCAAGGCGAGCCCUCUGGCUCGCGUCACAGAGGAGGCCUCGCUCCAGGAACUUUCGCCCAACGGACUUACGAAGCCAGAGAAGCUCGUGGAGGUGGAGACACCGAGGGUCAGCGGGGAGGAGAGCAGCGCCCCGAGACUCGCGGCCCUGACGAAGGGUGAGACCUCAGAUAGCGCGGAAUCUGAAUCACCCUCCUCGGCCAAGGUCAACGGCAAGAAGCCCAUGGUAACAGAAGAGGCUAUGAAGGAGAUCGAGAUCUAA